AUGAUUCGACCUCGACCCAGUCUUGGUUCCAACCAUGACAAAGAGAAUAUCCCACCUGCUCAGAGCGGUCGACUGAGCAUCAAUUCCGCUGCUGCCCUCGAUCGUCUUGUGAAGCCUUUCAGAUGUCCCGGCUCCUCGAGUGGUCGCCGGAAGACGGAAGAGCCGCCUCGAAAGCGUCGCAAGGUCAAUUACGCCGAGGAGGGUAAUGGACAAGACGAUGCAAGUGGAGGUUAUAGUGCUGAUGGCGAUGGCGAAAGCAUACAACUGAAGGACAAAUUCCCGGUAUUCAAGCCGAAGGACAAAGACACUAUCUUCAGAGCAAGAUUCGCAGUGCCGCUCAUUAACAAAGAUGCCUACGACCCAUCAAGAGCAGCUCCCAGUCUGGGCAUGAGGAAGGGUGUGCCUUUUCAGAACAAGCCUCUUCAUGACCCGAGCGGCGAGUUUUCCAUUGUGCUAUACGAUCCCACAAUCGACGACAAACCCGAUCCGACGGCUGUUGUUACAACUGAUCCAGCAGUGAAGACUCUCGACGCGCCUCUGAUGCACAAAAGUCUGGCAGAAAUACUUGGAAUCAAGAAAGAAGUUGAAGGCGAGCGGCCAAACGUGCCCGUGGUCAUCGAUCCUCGACUGGCUAAGACCCUGCGUCCCCAUCAAGUUGAGGGUGUGAAAUUUCUGUACCGCGCCACCACCGGUCUGAUCGAUGAGAAUGCUAAAGGUUGCAUCAUGCAGAUGAGAUGGGUCUCGGCAAGACUCUGCAGUGCAUUGCUCUGA